AUGUCUUCUUCUUCAUCUACUUCAGGAGUGAGCAACAUAAGACGCAAUGGUGUUGACGGAGGGAAAGGGAUCCCUAGAAAGUGUCGAUGUGGACAAGUAACGGUGCUUAGGACUUCAGAAUCCGUGCCCAAUCCGGGUAGACUUUACUAUAUAUGUCCAUUUCGUUCCAAAGAGGAUAAGAACCAUUUGUUCAAAUGGACCGACAUUUCAAUGGUUGAAGAGAUGGAAGAGGUUGAAAGGGUGAUUCAGAAGAUCGAAGAGGAGUUUUUUAACUUAGCAAUGGAAACGAGAACAUGUGAAGCUGUAGUAAAUCGGUAUGGAGAUGAAAUUAAGGCAAUGAAAACACUUGCAGAAGGAUGCAAAAAAGAGGUAGAGGAGCUAAAGGCAGUUGUCAAACGUCGUGAGGAAGAUAUAGAGAAGGUAAAAUCUGGCAUGAGUUGCUGCAAAAGCGUGACUAUUUGCGUUUUGGGAGUGGUCUUAUCCUUCUAUUUCAUGUCAGCCUAG